AUGGGAAUGGACACAUGUAAUCCUCUCAGCAACCCCAAGAAGAACGUACUAUCAACUACAUCUUUUGCAAAUUUGUUUUGGAAGGAGAUAGAGUAUGAAGCAUUUAAGGACAUCAUUGAAUCUGUGCUGGGGGAGAAGCUGCUGUUUGAGGCGCUGAGGCUAGCAGAGAAGCUGGCAGAGAAGCCCACGCAAGCUGAGAGGACAUGUGAUAUCCUAACUCGAAGUCAGGCACGAGAGCUGACCCAGUUACAGCGGACAUUACGGGAAGUGAAAGAUGACUCUGUCCUACUCCAGCAGCACCUCAAGGACCUCCUCACCCACAACGACCUUGACAACCACCAGGGGCAGGGCUUCUAAGAGCGGCUGACUGAGGGACA